UUUUAUCGUAAACCUAUUUUGUUUUAUGUCUUUCUCAUAAAAAGAAAACAAUCGGAAGAAUUCCCAGCGGUCUUCGUCGGCGGCGGCGAUUGAGUCUACACUCCGGUUUUCAACUCCGACGCAGGGCUGCAAAUUUGAUUAUCGAGGGAAAAGGCGAGAUGGGAGGCAAAGGAAUGCGGAGGAGAGAGCGGAAUUACAGAGCUGCUCAUGGCGGCUACGAUCGUCUCCCGCCGCCGCCUGACACUUCCCAAGCCGAUACUUUACCUUCUAAACUCCGCAAGUUAAUGUCCUUUACUUCCUCUCGAUCUCAAGAGUCUGAGGUCUCUGAAGAUCUUCAGCGAAAGCGCAAGAGAGAUGCCUUUAAUACUGAAAAGAAAUCCAAUCAAAAGGAUGCUUCGGGAAGAUCCGAUGUAAAGAGCAAAGCUAAUGGUGGGAAUUCUCAAAUGCCUCAACGUACGGGUAGUGAUAUUGACGAUGUGCAAAGCAAGUCCAGUGAGAAGAAAAACAAAAAACGAAAGAGAAAGCAAGUUACUGACCUUCGUUUUGAAGACUCUUUGGAGGAAUCAAGUCGACGUUUAAAGAAGCGCGAACGUCGGAAAAAAUAUCAGGAGGCGAAGAAAAACAAACAUAAAAAAGCCAAGACGGAGGAGGUUCUAGACUUCCCAAGACAUGAAAAAAUAAAAUUUGGAGACGUGGUUGAAGCUCCACUGAAGUUGCUUGCAGUUCCGAAGGCAUUUAAAUCUGCACAAGUUGCUUCUCAAGAGAGGAAGCGGUUGCAGGCUAUAAAUGAGUAUAGAAACCGCAAGGGGUGGACUUCAAGGCCAGGGAUACAAAUACCCUCAAUGACUAUAGCACCAGCUGAUUAAUUGAUAUGGAUGAGCGGUUGGUCGGUGGUGCAUGACAAGUCAAAUUAUGAGUAAUAUCAAUGUUUCGUGGAUUAACGAAGAAGGCUGGAGUGAGUCUUCUUCGAUGGAAAACACGAAAAUCAUCAACAUAAAAAAAGAAAAAAAAAAGGGGACUUCAAGUAAAUUUCAUGGAAUCAACAGUACUUCUAAUUGAUCACUGACUGAAAGCACAGGAGAGGGCCUACAAGAAGAGAAGCAAAAUCAACAUAUUUUGAUGUUCAUACGCAUUAAAGUUGGAGAAGUACAUCUCGAUGUAGUUUUGAAUCUCAAAUAAUGUGGAGGUUAGUUUUUACAACUUUUCUACACAUAUGGAAAGAUCAUGUAUCACACAAUUGAGCUACUUAGUAUUGAGGAAAAAGUCCCACUCCUAUAUGUAUCUGUCAUAAGGCGAUAAGUUAAGGCUAUAGCAUGAAGGGGAAGAUAAGAAGUCCAUUUGGUUUUUGUUUUGCUUUCAACCUUGUGUUCAUUUACUUUAAGUGAGUUCUUUUUCGUGACAAAUAUAGUUGUUGGAGUGCCUUAAAUUUA